GCUAGCUUAGCUGUAUUCGCUACUUUUUAACUUGAUUUAGGAUUAAAUCACGUCAUGUCGGUGGAGCUGUCUCGAGCUCACGCAGAAGGCGUGAUUAAAAACAUUAUUCGUGAUAUUGUGCUGGAGUGCGCAGCGAGAGGACAUGCGGUUUCGGACACUUUGGUGGCUUUCGUGGUGAAAGCUGUGGUGCUGGACCCGAGAAACGGGUUCAAUGUUGACCGAACACUGACCAAACAAGACGUCCAGAAACUCCAAGAGCUGUGUCUGGAUAAACUAAUGGAACAGUGCAGCCCGUCGCUUGACACAAUCAAGAUGCAAGUGUUUUUUGAUAUGAACUACACAUCCCGACGGGAGUUUCUUGAGGAAGUCCACCAGCUCGUGGAGUCAAGGCUGAGCGCGGUGAGCAGAGAGAUCACUGACAGCAGAGUGAAAACACGGGAGGAGUUAGACGCUUUGUACCGUAAAAUCGUCACCUACAUCCAGCUGCGGUCCGGCAUGGGCUCGCCUACGGACGACAACGCUGUUCAAGAGGCUUCAGCUGCCCUGCAGAGCAUCUUCCCUCAGACUGAACUGGGAGCCUUCAUGGUGCUCUUAAAGCGGGACAAGGAGCAGCAGCUCAACGAGCUCACCAUGAUCGUCACAGGGAUCCGACUCUUCAACAAAGGCAGCAAGAAGGGAGGCGAGGAGACGGACCUCCGUGGACUAAUGCCUGCGGUUCUCAGAGAAGCUCUUCCAGUCACCAGUAAAAGCGUAGAAAACGAGCUGCGUGUAUCACAGACUCUGGUGUGUAAAUACACCGCUGUGCUGGAGAAGCUAACGGACCCUGACAGGCAGCCUGGAGGAAGUGACGUGCCCGUUGUCCUUCUCAAACAGGCGCUCUACAACAUCAGGCAGCACGAGGUUUUCCUCAAAAUGUUACUGUCUGAUGCAUGUUUAUGUGCCAAGCAUGUUGAGAUCCUCCAGACUGAGCUCUCAUCACAGAUGAAGCUGCUGAAAGAAACUGUGCAAUCACAGACGGCUGUACCGACUGCAAAGGUUUUUCCGCUGUUCAAGUCCCUGUCAAAGCUGUGGUCUGGACUUCAGGAUGAGGCCGAGCUGCUGAACAUCCUCAACAACAUCAUGCUCAACCUGCAGCCCUUCGUUGCCUCUCAGGCCAAGAUUUUUUCUGAGGCCUUUUUAGACGGCCUGCUGGAGGAGUCAGAGGUGAAGACAGACGAGCAGAGAAUCACUGAGUCCUCAGAUGAGCGUAUCGUUCCAGCUGAGAUGAAGACACAGGAAUGGCUUCUGCCUGAAACAACAGUCGGUUUUAACGAGCUGCCACUGCAGUAUAACGGAGUGUGUGGCUACACACUGGUGAACAGAGACGGGCUUCUACUCCCAGGUAAUCCUCACAUCGGAGUCCUUAAACACGAGGAGAAGUUCUAUGUUUUUAGCUCCAAAGAAGCUGCCAUGAAAUUUGCCUCCAGUCCAGUCGACUUCGUUGCAGAGGUCGCGGAGAAAGCCAAGCACUCCCCUGAACUCAUUCAGCUCCUCAAACUCCACAAACAGUUUCCCUGCGUCAGUCCGUACCCAGAGUCAGGAGAGAGUUUACUGGUGAAGCCCAUCACCAAGUGUGAGAGCGGCACUCAGACAGAUGUCCACCCGCUGGAGACAAACAUCGUCAAGUCAUACGAGUGGAACGAGUGGGAGCUGCGGAGAAAAGCUAUCCAACUGGCUGACUUGAGGACCAAAGUGACUCACUCGGUGCAGACGGAUCUGAGCCACAUGAGACGGGAAAACGUCUCUCAGACCUGGCUGCCCAAGAACGCGGCCACUCAAAGCAAAAGAGACGGUGAGAGCAACGUGCCCAAACCUCAGAUCUACCUGGCCGGACUGAGGGGAGAACGAGAUGGACGCGUGGUCAAAACAAACCUGACCAGGCCUGUGGAUAAUUAA